GCAGCCGAACAAGGAAAUGCAUCUAUCGUGGAGCUCCUGCUCGCACAGGACGAGAUUGAUUGCGAUCAGAAGGAUAACAGCAAUCGGUCCCCGCUCUCGUACGCUGCCUCGGCCGGCCACGAGGUGAUCGUCGACAUGUUGAUCGAGACGAGAAAGAUCACAGUUGACAGCAAAGACACGGACGGGUUGACUCCACUAGCAUGGGCGGCGCGCAAUGGCCAUAGCGCGAUAGUCCUGCUGCUGCUCAUUGAGGGGGCGGAUAUUGAGUCGAUAGACCAUACAAAUGGCCGGACUCCACUACUACAUGCAGUCGUAAACGGCCAUGACGGGGUUGUACAGCAGCUCCUGUCCAAGAAUGCACAAGUCGAGGCGAGGGAUAGCCAUGGAUGGCCGCCGUUAUUAUGUGCGGCUCGCGCCGGUCACCUGGCGCUUGUGCAGCAGCUCCUAGAAAGGGGUGUUGAUAUAGAGGCAAAAGACAAGGAGGGCUGGACGGCUCUGAUAAGUGCAGCUGAGAAUGGUCACAAUGCAGUCGUGAAGCUCCUCCUGUCAAGGGGUGCAAAUCCAGAGUCCAAAGAU